AACAACAAAGCAGAGCUCAAACAAGCCAAAACUCGGAAAGUUCUCUUCAAGAAAACGUUCAAUUAUCAGGCAAACCCGUUUUGCAGAGCCGAGAAAUGAAUCGGGAAGUGAAGUUAAUCGAAUAUUUAGAAACUUUUAACUCUUCUUAUGUUGAAGAGCUGACGGUGCCAGACGAUGCCGCAGUGAAAUACGAGAUUCUGCCUGAACCAACAUCCACCAAUGCCUCGGAGUGCACCAGCUGCAGUGUCCUACUGGCGCGGGUGGUGGAGCUGGAAGCUAAGGUUUCCGCUCAGGAGCAGCGCGUAGCGCGGCUGGAAGAGUUGGAGGCUACGGUUUCCUAUCAACACGAGUUGGAGAAACGCGUCGCGUGGCUGGAGGGGCAAGUUUCCACUCAGCAGGCGAUGUUUACGACGCCACCAGUCGCGAUGCAAGUGCAAGUCACUACCGUUCCCGCUCCAUUCGACCCGCAGCUCCCCGCCUUCAACUCAGAUGAGCUUCCGCAGCUUCCGCAGCUACCGGUGCGCUCCCUGGAACAGCUCGUGAGUUUGGAAGCAGCAUCACCACAAUGCUUCACACAAGUGCUACAGUACAUAAUGUCAAAAAGAAAACCCAGCCCCAAAUUGAAAGGUGACAAAGUUUUGAAGAGAAUAGUUGAUUUCUAUUUUGAACGCCAGUUUUUAAAUACAUGUGUGUGGAUGUGGCCGAAAACCAAAAAACCCGUUGCGUUGUCAAAGUAUAGAAACACCUUGCGAGUGUUGUACAUGGUAACGCAGCAUUACGACGACACCUAUGAGUACAAAGAUUUUGAAAGGAAAAUGUCGUCCUACGUCAAACACUCGCAAUUUAGAUCCAAAACCGAACCUCGAGGAAGUGUGUAACAAAAACAACACCCCAACCCACCAACGCAACACACCCAAAAACUGAGGGUGCCUUCCACAACACGUAAAGAUAGAGAGUUUCUGGUGUGGUUGCAACUUUCACAAUCCCUGAUGCCACAUUCUCGGACUGACAGUUUGCAUCAGUAUUCUGAACGAGAUCAGCCCCAGUACCGAUCGUGAACGUGCCGCUACGUCCAAGGAACUAGCCAAACAUGUCGUUUAGUGGAAACAUGAUCGCGACCGUUGAUCCUCUGGCAGGAAAUCGAGCAAAAGCAACAGGUUGGUGAGUGAGGGAUCAUUCUUUGAAUCAUCCGUCGAAGGUUCUCUUCCCUCACCAACGCGUCGUAGAAGUCUCUCGAUUUGAUGUAUUUACUGUAUUUGAGCGGAGAAAACGGGAAUGUAAAUAGAACAAACGCAACAAAAUAAUUCUAUUCGCAUCGGAUUUGCGAUUAA